AUGAAUUCCAAACCGGCCGGUUUAGCUGCUAUUGUCUUAACGCUCUUGUCCAUCCAAAUCCUUGACCCAGCUGGUGUAGCAGGGGACAUCACCGGAGUUUGUUACGGCCGGAACGGCGACAAUCUCCCGUCGCCAGAAGACACAGUAGCCUUUUACAAAAGCAACAAUAUCGAAGCGAUUCGUAUGUACGAGCCAUUCCCCGAUAUGCUCGACGCGCUUCGUGGCUCUGGUCUCUCCGUCGCGUUUGGUCCUCGAAACGAAGAAAUCGAAACUCUAGCUCAAGAUCCAGCCGCCGCAACCGAUUUCGUCGCCAUCUGGAUCCUACCACACCUAAACGACGUCGACAUUAAAUGGAUCACGAUCGGUAACGAAGUUUUCCCCGGAGAAAUCGCCCCCUUCGUCGCCGCCGCGAUUCGAAACGUAAACGCCGCGUUAUCAAAUUCCGGCGUUACAGGAAUCGCCGUCACGACGGUUGUUUCGAUGAACGUUUUGGAGAAUUCGUAUCCACCUUCCGCUUCGAAUUUCCUCCCGGAUCUGACCGAAACCAUGACGGAGAUUUCGUGGAUUCUAUCCGAAACGAAUUCGCCUCUAAUGGCGAAUAUAUACCCAUACUUCGCAUACGCAUCAGAUCCAGAACAAAUCUCACUCGAUUACUCGGUUUUUAAAUCAGAGACACCGGUUGUGGUCGACGGUGAUUUGGAGUAUAACAACAUGUUCGCGGCGAUGAUUGAUGCAUUCAACGCGGCGUUGGAGAAAAUCAACGCCGGAAACGUGGUGGUUACGGUGGCGGAAACUGGAUGGCCGACGGAAGGAAAUCCACCGUACACGAGCGUCGAUAACGCGAUGGCUUACAAUUUGGGGAUUCUUAGUACAUGUGGUGGAUCUACACCGAUGCGGACACCUCGCCGGCCGGAGACGACGGUGGAUGUGUUUUUGUUUGCGAUGUUCAAGGAGAAUCAGAAGCAAGGUCCGGUGGAGCAGAGCUUCGGAAUCUUCGAACCUGAUAUGACUCCCGUCUAUGAUCUCUUUUGUUAUUAG